AGGGAACUUUUUUCGCGGACGAAAAGCCAAGCCUCAGCGGACUUAGCGCCAUCUGAACUUUUGCUGCUUCACCUGCCCCAACCCCAUAUUCCUGCCCAGACCUCCCACGCCUCCACGGGCCCUGCAUCCUUCACAAUGCCUGGAAACGACGCAUUGCGAGCCUUGAGAUGGCUCUCUCGCAGCUCCGGUGGUCUUCUCUCGGGGUCUGAGGCUACAACGGUACUGGCUCUUCCCUGUUCCCAGAACCCUUUCGACUACAGCCCAUCUUCUAUCUCACCAGGUAACCAGUUUAGCUAACGUCUGAUGGCUUUUUCUGUUAUACAGCAACGAUGCCUAUCGAAAACUUUCUCGCGAUCGGUAUCCUCCGAAACCCAAACCGCCUCCAACAACUCCGCGUCCAGGCCAAUCUGGACCCCGGCGCCCGCUAGAGCCACCACCUACUCCUUCCCCUCCAUGGAGCCAUUGCGUUUUGUCGAAUACCCCCAGAACCAUCUCCUUGUGCCUCUCCGGAAGGAUCUGCUUCACCGCGCCGUCGUGUACGAAGGUGACAUGACCCGACAGGGUACCGCCAGCACCAAGUGGAGGGACGAAGUGCACGCCAGCCACAGGAAGAUUCAGGCACAGAAGGGAUCCGGCCGGGCGCGUGUUGGAGACAAGACCUCGCCGAUUCGCAAGGGCGGUGGUGUUGCUCACGGUCCUCACCCCCGUGACUUUUCCUCGGGUCUCCCUAGGAAGAUCUACGACCAGGCGUGGCGGAUAGCCCUGAGCUACCGAUACCGUCGCGGCCAGUUGAUCAUCAUCGACAACGAGAUUGCUCUUCCGGAGGGCGCCACCUCGCAUCUGGUCAGCGAGAUCUUCAAGGCCAACGGCUGGGGCCGGGAAUUCGGACGGUCAACAUUAAUCACGGAACGCGUGGACGAGCAAUUGUUUGAGACGGUGCGCAACCUGAGCAACCAUGCCAAGAUCCUGGACCGACAGGAUGUGGAUGUCAAGGACAUUUUGGAAACGGGACGAUUGAUCAUCGAGAAGAAGGCACUGGAUACCCUUCUGGCUCAGCAUUCGAGGGACCUGAACGCCAAGGUCGCGAAGGCCUUGUAUUGAUUAUAGGCUGGCUGGAUGAUUACUCUAGUAUCGGCUUUUUGGGGUGAAGAAAGGUUAUUGUACAAAUAGAUUCGAGUUAUGUAUGAAUUGUCUAGUUUUGAACGCGGUUUAGGAUUGGAUUUGUUGCACGUCUGAAGUCGGCCAAUGGCAUUCUAGGGCUAUAGAAAGACAGUAGGAGGAUUUUGUACGCAUGUCCCCUUGUUGUGCUAGAUAUUAGGACGGUACUACGGAGUACGAUGUAGUCGAUAUGAGUAUAUCGAACCUCUAGUAAGGGCCAUCACCAGGCUGACAACCACCAAAAUCAAUCAAAC